AUGGGAAAGAAGAUAUUUGUUCUAAUUUUCUGCAUAGCGAUUGUUGCUGCUCUUGACACAGCAAAUGCAGAAGUUCCAGCAGUUUUCAUACUAGGAGAUUCAACAGCUGAUACUGGAACUAACAAUUUCUUGUCUGGAAGUAUUUUUAAAGCCAAUUUUCUACCUUACGGCAUUGAUUUUCCUCACUCUAGACCAACUGGAAGGUUCAGUAAUGGCUUUAAUAGUGCUGACUUUCUUGCUAAGUUUUUGGGAUUCAAGAGAAGUCCACUACCCUUCUUUCUGGUGAACAACAUAAAAGGUGUAAAGAGGCCUAGCUUUAGAGGAGUAAACUUUGCGUCUGCGGGCUCUGGCAUUCUAAACAUAACAGGGCAACCACCGAACGCCACACAGAAUGUAAUCUCAUUGGCAGAGCAAAUAGACCAAUUUUCAUCAAUCUACAGUGAGCUGGUAGCUAAUAAGGGUGAAGCUUGUGCUCAAACUUUUCUUUCAAAAUCUUUGUUCUUCAUCAGCGUUGGUAGCAACGAUCUGUUUGCUUAUUUCUUGUCAAACACCAGUGUUCCCAACAAACAAGAGUUCAUAGAUUCUUUAGGACUUGCAUAUGAUGGCUACUUAAGGAACCUGUAUAAAUUAGGUGCAAGGAAGUUUGGCAUUAUAAGUGUUCCAACAAUUGGAUGUUGUCCAUCUAUGAGGAUUCUGAACUUCACAGGAGGUUGUUUGGGGGACUUGAACACUCUUGCUACCGAUUUUUAUACAGCAAUCAGUGUCGUAUUAGUCAAGCUCAGCUCGGAGUACAAAGACAUCAAGUAUUCCCUCGGUGAUACUUAUGAGAUGACUAUAAAUGUCAUAGAUAACCCCUCUCUAUCUGGAUUUACGAAUGUGAAAGAUCCAUGUUGUGAAGAUGAAAACAAAUCCUGCAGUCCAAACGCAAAUUUCUGUUCCGAUAGGCGUCAGUACUUGUUCUGGGAUUUGUACCAUCCUACACAGAAAGCUUCAUGGCUUGCAGCUGUAACCCUCUUUACCGGUGAUGCGCGAUUCGUCACUCCUAUUAACAUCAAACAGUUGGCUGAGGCUUAA